AUGGCAGUGAACCAAGUGCUUCCCUCUCCCAGAGCUCUGGACAGCGCGGCUGUGUCUGUCUGGUCGCAGGUCAGUGAUGAUGGGAGAAGGGUGGCGGUGAGACUUGGCAAAGGAGCCAGAGCUGGUGGUGUCGGAGGAGCUGUGGUGACGUCCUCUCCAGACGUGCAGACGGUUUUCCUGGAGAGCCCCGAACGGCAUCCGUUUCUGGUCUUGUCAUCUUCGGCCGUCCCCCUAAAAGUUGCGGAGCUGCUGGCUCUUGCGGAAGACUUUCCCCUGCAGCCACGGGCAUUUUGCGGGGAGGUCGCCUCCAGGGCCUCUGAAAUGGCCAAUUCGCCAUGCACGGCAGUGCAGGUGAACUUCCUCCCGGAGCACUCCACGCAGGCUGAGGGACAUCCCCCAGCUGCAAAAAAGGCGAGAGUGGCCCAUGUGGGCCCAGGGCCUUCAGGAGUGGCCUCUGAGCUCAUAUUAGUCAAAGCCACGCAAAGCAUGCGGCUCAGGCAUAUCUUGGUGAAGUUCCACGAGGGUGCGAAGCCAGCAGAGGAUCCAAAGGCCGCGUGGGCCUCCCGCACGCGGGCGGAGGCAGAGCGCCUCCUCCGCAGCGCCAUCACGGAGAUUCGACGGGAUCGGAAGUCAUGGACAAAGACGCCAAAAGAUGUAACGGAGCUCAUAUCCUUGAGCUCAAAGAAGUUCAUAGAGCUGUGCCGAAAGCUCUCCGACUGUGAAACAGCACAGAAGGGGGCUCUUGCUUGUGGUGACCUCGGCUGGGUCGCUCCAGAGGCUCGGGCUGCGAUGAGCGAGCACUUCAAGGAGGUGUGCGAUAUUCUGCAGCCUGGUCAGUGGAGUGACAUCGUAGCCUCUCACCAGGGCUUGCACUUGGUGCAGCGAGUGGCAUGA